CAUAUUACGUGUAAUUAACCAAUAAACAAAGUGCCAAUACAAAAUCAGCCGCAGCGACUGACUUCAAUGAAAGUUGAGUGCAACAAAAAUCACAUAAAAUUCGUUUUACCACCAGUGUUGUCAUGGUGCUGCUUUAAGCUGUAGUAGCCACUUCACAUGCCGCUGCAAUAAUGGGAAACUCACUGACGCACGCCGUCCAUCGCGGCUCAACGGCUUUCAGUAGCAACAGCAACAACCACACAGGCAAAUCACGCGCUUCAACUACACCGCGGAAUCAAAAGUCACGCUAUCACUCAACACUCUGCGACGAUGGUGACGGCGGCGCGCCACAACGCAAAGCUAAAACAUUACCAGCACGGCACAGCCGUCGGCGCAGUGAGCACACGACCAAUGACAUUCACGGUCAUGGACGCAGUAAAACGCCGCCAGCAUCGGCGCCACCGAAUGGUGAAACGUCGCGCAUGCUCUUUCUACUCUAUCUGAUACAUCGCACCUGGAAUGUGGUGGUGGAGACGGUGGAUACGCGCAGCAAGAGAUCGCGCCGUAGCGCACCUGCUUCAGAAGGUCACACACUCACGCGACCGCGUUCUGCGCAUUUAUACACCGAACGCGAGCUGAGUUGUUCGAACAGUGAUGGUGAUUGUUCCAUACAUAUCACAGAUUUGGAUGACGCUGAGGUCGCUUCGUCCUUUUGUUGCUCGCAAUACUCUUAUUGUAGUUGUAGCUAUUGCUUCGAUACGAAUCAGAAUGUUUACAAUUCCAUUGGUGGUGGUGAGGAUCGGUGUUCGCUGGAUUCGAUUUGUGAGCGGACUUCGUCCAAGUGUGGCAGUGACAUCUCCGCGUAUUAUCAGCAACGUUACGCGCCCACCGCACAGCAGCAACAGCAACAGCAACAGCCACAGUUGGCGGCGCAACAUAAACAUCAUACACAUCAUCGACCGCCACAUAAUCGUUUAAACGGUUAUCCAAUGGCACCGAGCGUCUGUCAAAAUUCACCGAAAUUAACGGCAGCCGCUGCGCAUAGCGCCACCAUGACCAGCACAACGAUGAUAGGGGGUGCAGGAGGUGGUGGUGUUGGCGCCGCCACAACCAUCUCCGCGCCAUCAAUCACACAGAAGAGCAAUUAUGGUGGCAGUAGCAUUAACGGCUCCAUGGCUUCAUACAAAAUGUCAAGUUCGGAGAAUAGCUGGUCGCAGCCUGUUUUCAACAAGGAAAACCAACGACCUCCAGUUUAUAAUCCCGAGGACUACGUGCAAUCGUUAAAAAAAUUUGGUAAACGACAGAGUGGUCAAAAUGUGCGUUCUAUAUACGAUAACAACAGCGAAACUACAGCUAAAGAAGAAAACAGUCACAAAUCGUCGACUUUACCGCAUAAACACGCUGAAUACAAAAGUCCCAUACCGGCAGCGCCUGAAAGUGAAGGCGAGAUGUCCUUACGACAGUUUGCCUCAGUCACCGAUUUACUCAUAAAACUGCGCGCGGAUUUACGCGUCUCUUUUCCAAGCUUUGUGCAGGAAUUUGUGGCCACACCUUCCGAUGGCAUAAGUCUACUGCUCGAAGUGCUCCGCGCUAUACAACUCUCGCAGUCGAGCAAUGCCGCUGUGCCACCGAAUCAGAUGACCGCCUCAAUGCCACGAAAUCCGCAAUCGUACCAAAGGCGCGCUUUACUUGACGAACUAGCUUGUCUACAAUGUCUCAGCAUUUGCUGCUCCCGUUCAUUGGAUGCGACCGCGCGUUUGGGCACAACGCCUGUCGGCCUGAUGCCAUUGGCUUCCUCGGCGACUGGUCAGGGUAUACGUGCGCGCAUUUUGGCCAUGCAAUUAAUGUCUGCCGCGUGCGAUAAAACGGCGUUGGGUCAUGGUUCACAAAAAUCAGUCACAGCCGGUCAUACGGCCGUCUCGGAGGCUAUGUCAACGUUACGUUUGCGUUGCAGUGAGCCCGUACGUUUUCGCCUGCUUGUGGGCAUGCUGAACAGUGGCGGUGGUUCGGGUGAACUGCAAGCUGUGGGCGUCAAAUUUAUAAAUUCCUUUCUGGAGAGUUCUGAAAAUCUACAGCAACGUUUAUAUCUACAAGCGGAACUAUUCCAGGCCGGUUUUGAGCCAGGUUGUCUAGCAAAGACUAUAUCACCCGCCUCAUCUUGGGUGGAAAAUUUGCGUAACGAGAUCAAACGCUUCCACGAAUUGUAUGUGGAUGUUGACAAAAUGAUCACGCAAGCGCGUGAGGCCGACCGUGUGCGAAGUCAAAUGGUGAUACUGGAGCGACGAGUGCAGAUUCUACACGAGGAGAAAACAGUUCUAACGUCAAUGGAACGUCGUUUGCAAGAACGUUGUGCCGAAUUACAGCGCGAAAUCUUCCGCCUGCAAGGUGCUCAGAAUGAAAACACCUUCAAGUCCCUGGAUAAACAACCAGUGGCAUUACCACGUCAUGUGCCGCCCGGUAAAAAUGAGAGUGAACAUGAGGAUGAAGGUAUCAGCAGUUCAGAGACGGGUCCCUCCCUUAGUCCAGUGCCUAUAUUGGUUUUGCCGCAGAAAUCCAGCGCUUCCCUGAUAGCCAAGCAGCAUCACAAAAACAAAUCCAAAUCACCGGAUAACUCAACGGGAGAUAGUGGCGCUGCCACCGGCACAGCUACCACCAUUGAGGACGUCAUGCAAGAGCUGGAUCAGGUCGUUAGCGAGGCAGAGAAGCAGAUAACAACACAACAACUGCAGCAACAAAAACACCAAAUCAAGCAGCAAUUCAGUCAAACCAAAGUUGCAAAGGAAAAGGAUAUUGUGCCGGUCAAUAUAGUGCCACAGCCACCGCGCAAAUCGCGUUCGCUCGCACAUCUCGUCUCUCAGGCAGACGGUUCCGAGUUGGAUGGCUCCGAAUAUGGCAUGCUGAUGUUACAGAAUCAUGGUGAUCCUGGCGCCGCUGAACGCGUUACAGCAUUGCAAACAUUUUUCGAUGAAACCGACUAUGAUAUGCCCGAAAUAGACAAGCCAUACAGCAUAGAAUCACCAGAUAUACCAGAGGUGAGCGCAAACACCACCGCCUACAAUGCGAGCACCACACGUGAGCUACUCGACGUUAUAAUGGAUGCGCGUCACAGUGAUGACGAUCCAACAAUGAAGGCUUUCCGCGAGGCGAGCAACCAACACCAACAUCAGCACCAGCACCAGCAUCACCAUCACAACAAUAAUGCUGCCAUCAAACGCCAAAGCAUGUCAGUAGCGGCACCACCACCACCGCCACCGCUACUAGCGAAGAAACCACAAGCGCCGGCGCAACAUUUCAACGGUGUCUUCUUUAUGACCGGCAUGAACACGCCACAAAAGUACCCCAAACCAGAUGUGACGGCCGCAUUGCAAGCGCGACGCGUCACCAAGAAUGUUGAGCGCCUAGAGGCGGCAUUCGCUUCAACCGGCCCUGAAACGCUUUUGGAUGGCAGCAGCGCAAUGUCGCCGGCAGCGCAACAGGUGGUGCGUGAAAAAUCGCGCAGCAAUCAACAGAUUUAUUUUGGCAGUAAUCCAGCGCUGCGUUUAAGUUGCGGCAGUAGCGCUGGAGGCGGCGGCGCUGGCGUUAGUGGCAAUAAUGUGACCGUGCUGAUACAGCAUAGCAAUGCGGCACAGCCCACGCCACAGCCGGGCGGCAGUGCGACAGCGAUAACGAUGCGCUCGCGCUCCUGUACGCAAGGCUCAAAGGUGACCGAUACGCCAUCGGGAUUGUACUGAUUAUGGUGAAAAAAAAUGUGGUGAAAUGCGUGUGGUGUGUUAAAUGGUAGUUUAAUAUUUAAUUGCCGGCAUUUACUAGUGCAUAAUGUUGAGUUAGAGUCAUUGAAGUCGAUCACGAUUUCCUCUUACGUUUUAGCAUAUUAUUUGAGUAAUUUGUAUAAAAAAAUUCAGUAAUUCGAAAAUCUUACAUUAUACUUUAAGCACAAACAAAUUAGUUUAUAAAAAAUUUUCUUUAAAAAAUAGUGAGUUAGUCAAAUCCAUAAAAUUAUAUUUAUAUAUUUGAAUAUAAAAUUAAAUUAUUUAAAAAUUUAAAUUAUUUAGGGAUUUAGGUAUAGUCUAUAAAUGCUAGAUUUUAUGUAGUUUCGACUUUAUAAGUUUAGUUUUAGUUGUUUGGAAGCGUUUUUUUUUUUGUUUUAAGUGUAAAGCAAGUAACUAAGAGGACAGAACCCAAACAAGAUUAUUGGAAUUUGGCACUUUUUCAUUUACGAAAAUUAUUAUAAUCAAUCAUUAUUUGUUAAAAAAAAUGUAUCCUAAUUAUUUUCUUUUAAAUAAUGUAAUGUUUUCAUGAAAUAUUUUAAUUAAUAUAGUUUACUUUCAAAAAGAAAUUUUUGCUGAAAAAAUUUGCUAAAUUCAAACAAAAUGUAAAAAAAAAAACUAUACAUAAAAUCGUUAUCUAAACAAAAAAGGUUAAAAAGGUUUAUUUAAUUAAUUUUUGGCCGAAAAAAAUUUGCAAAAUUGUUGGGUUCGAUAAAAAUUAAAAAUAUAUAUGUAUGUAUAUAUAUUAAAAAUUUUUUAAUUGAAGAAAAAAGUUAAAAGUGUUUCAUUUAAUUAACAAUUAUAUGAUUUU